AAUCAUUGGGUUUUGUGUUUUCUUGGGUGUUUACAUCAAUAAGUGUGGGUUAGGUUUUCUGUAGAAGAAAAGUUUUGUUUGUUUUAGUCAUAGAUUGUAGUGGGUAUUGUACGUUGUCCAUUGUAUUAUCACCAUGGAGGAGGACGAUUACUUUCCGAAUCCCGAUGAGGAGUUUGAGAUGAUGUAUGCGGAUGAAUUAGAAAUGAUGAAUGAAAUGGAUGAUGAUCUUGAUGAUCGUACACUUGUUCAGAAGCCUGCUCCCCCAACUGUACGUCGAAGUCUGAACUUCUGUGGAUCUCCUACUUCAGAAGAUAAGGGUAACAGUAAGAGUGCUUCUGUAUUGGCGUCUACUCAAAAUAAUCUAGAUGAUUUGCCAAUAUCAUCAACAGCCCCAGAUAAUUCAUCCUCAUCUCGGAAGCGAACCAUUGAUGAUAUAUUUGGUGAUAUUGAUGAUAUAGAGCUAGAAGAAGCCUCUGAAAAACACGGUCAGCCAUUAAAGCGGUCUUGUAAACAGCUGUCUGUGGAUCCGUCAUUUUUCUUAGAUGAAGACUUAGGUUUUGAUUCUGCUCAAGAUAAAGAACUAGAAUUAAUAGACCGGAUCAACGCAUUGCGCAGGAAAGCCUUUCUGGAAUUUAAUGAAGGCCGGAGUGCUGCAUCACCAGCAAAUUUAAAGUUAAAAGAAAGUAACACAUUGACCAAAGGAGUACCCAAGUGGCCUUUUGUUUCUGUAACAAGUGAGCUUGGAGAGCGUGUGUAUGUCCGAAUCAGGAGUGAUGAGUACAUAGAAGAAGAGGUUGAAAAAGUUUCUCACAAAGGAGAUUCUUGUGGUCUACUUAGAGGUCGCUUUUCAGCCCUUAAAAAUGAAGCAUUAAGUAUUCUUGAGAAAAAACAACAAUUAGAGAUAGAAGCUAAUGCGGCAGAUAUUGCUGCUUUAAUUCCUAGUGAAGAUGGAUCUAGAAACACCCAAGUUGAUACUGACAACUUAUGGGUUGUUAAGUAUAAACCAUCUGGAUAUGCUGAGUUAUUGAGUGAAGAGAGUGUCAACAGAACCUUACUACAUUGGCUGAAGCUAUGGGAUAAAGUGGUAUUCAACAGAGAGCGGAAGCCUCAGAUAAAACCCAAAGAGGAUAAAAAAGAAAAUCGUUUUCAGAAAAAGCCUUUUGGACAAGUUAUGACUGAUGAAUUAGAUGAGCAAGGAAGGCCCCAAUACAAGAUGGUUUUACUCUGUGGACCACCUGGUCUUGGAAAAACGACUCUGGCUCAUAUGGUGGCAAAACUUGCAGGCUACAAUGUUGUGGAAGUGAAUGCAAGUGAUGAUCGCAGCCCAGAAGCAUUCUAUACCCAACUUCAAGCUGCUACACAAAUGAAAGCAGUUAUGGGAAAAGACCCCAAGCCAAACUGUCUGGUUAUGGAUGAAAUUGAUGGUGCUCCUGCUCCAUCCAUUGAAACACUGAUCAAGUUUGUUCUGGGCAAAGAUGUUGGCAAGGGUCGGGGUAAAAAGAAGGGAUCUGCUGCAGGAAUUUUGAAACGUCCUGUGAUCUGUAUUUGUAAUGAUGCUUAUGUUCCUGCAUUACGCUCUCUACGUCAGCAUGCAUUUGUUCUUCAUUUCCCACCUACUGGCUCAGAAAGAUUAGCCUCAAGACUCAUGACUAUUGCCCGGAAACAGCGUAUAAAAACAGAUAUGGGAGCUAUGCUGGCACUUUGUGAAAAGACUCAAAAUGACAUUCGCUCUUGUCUUUCUUUGCUGCAUUAUUUUAAAUCUCAGAGUAAACCUGUUCGUUUAAGUGAUGUUCAUCAGUCAAAUGUUGGGCUCAAAGAUGUACAGAAAGGGUUGUUUUCAGUCUGGCAAGAAAUAUUUCAAAUUCAAAGAAGUAAAGGUGGUUUCACACAGGCAGCAAAUGAUGCUUCAAGAACUUCUAAUGUUGACAACAGAACACCUGAUGUGAAAAAGGGUGACUCUGCAAUUGCUUACAGAAUUCAAAGAGUUUUAAGAACAGUUCAAAGCCAUGGGGAUUAUAAUCGUCUUAUCCAAGGAGUCUUUGAAAAUUAUCUCCAUAUGAGGCUGAGAGAUUCCUCAUUAAAUGGCCUUGUCAAAGGCUUGGAUUGGUUCUCAACCACGGAUUUGAUUAAUACUGAAAUAAUGACCUCUCAAAACUACAUCCUAAUGCCAUACAUGGCUUAUGCUUUUCCUGUUUGGCAUAUUUUAUUUGGUGGCUUGGCGUGGCCUAAAAUUAAUUACCCAAACACAGCUUAUGAGGUCUCAGUUAAACAGGGACAUACAAAACAAAUUUUGGCGGAAAUGGUGAAAGGUAUGUCUCCAUCAGUCAGAGUGAACUGUAAUGAAUCUCAAUUAGUCAGUGAAAUUCUCCCACUUCUUCUGGAGAUACUUGUGCCAAAUUUCCGUCCAGUCAGUUUACAACUGUACAGUUUACAUGAAAAGAAAGAAUUGUCAAAUUUGAUAAGUGUCAUGAUUGAUUACAAUCUGACUUAUGUUCAGGAGCGCACUCCUGAAGGAACAUAUGUCUGCAAUAUGGACCCGAACAUUGAAGAAGUUGUUUACUUUGGUGGUAGUAAGCCCUCAAGGCAGUUAACUUAUGGUACCAAGCAGUUGGUAGCAAGAGAAAUAGAUAUGGAAAAAAUGAGAAGAUUUGAAUUGCUUUCAGUCAGUGGACAAAAAAAUGAAACCCUUGCUCCUGGCAAAGCCCAGGAUAAAACACAAGUACCCAAUAAUAGUGACUCAGAUAAUACAUCAGAAAAAGUGUCUCCUACAGUUCCUAAUCAUCUUCAAAAAUUAAAAGCCAAACCAGUGAUAAAAGAUAUGCAAACAAAAGACUUUUUUGGAAGAAUAGUGGAAAUACCAUUAACUCCUAGUACGGUUAAAGCUAGGAGUGAAGCAGAACUGAAAGGUGACAUUUGGUUCCAUUUUAAGGAAGGAUUCAAUAAUGCUGUAAGAAAAACCAUUCGAAUUUCCGAUCUGCUCUGAACACUUCCUUUUUGUGACAGUUGGGAUCGGCAAUAAUCAUGUCUUAUUCUAUCUUGUAUUAUUACUUUUCUUUAACUAUUGUUAUUUUGUUUAAACCUUUUAAAAGUUACCAAAAGCUGUA